AUGGAAGACAAGACGCGACCAGACGGACGGUCCUCCUUGGAUCUCGAGCAACAGCAAUCUUCAGUCGAGCAGGGCCAUGAAACCACUCUCGAGGCUGGCUCUGAGCCACCGAGUAGCUUGAACAAGGAACUCGAAUAUGGACCGGCAACGGACGUGAAUUUGGUCGACUGGACGGAUGCGACAGAUCCAGAAAAUCCCAUGAAAUGGCCGAAUACCAAGAAGUGGACAAACAUUUUUGUCAUUUCAUUGCUCAGCGUUGUAACACCCUUGGGUUCGUCCAUGUUUGCGCCUGGCAUCCCUAGCAUCAUGCAGGAAUUCCAUGAUCCCUCUACCGUUACGGCGACAUUCCUCCUGUCCAUCUAUGUACUUGGUUUUGCCGUCGGGCCCUUGUUAGUCGCUCCAAUCAGCGAGAUCUACGGUCGCAGAUAUCUAUACAUCUACUCGAACAUCAUAUUUGCCCUAUUUACAGUUGGGGCCGCCCUGAGCACUAGCGUGGGCAUGCUUCUUGCCUUUCGACUGCUCAUGGGGCUCUCUGGCGUUGUGCCGCUCACGAUCGGGAGUGGAACUAUUGCAGACAUGAUGCCCAUCGAGUCGCGAGGUAGAUCUGUAUCUAUCUGGGCCCUUGGCCCUCUGCUCGGCCCCUGCGUCGGUCCCGUUGCAGGAGGAUACCUGUCCCGCGCCGCGGGGUGGAGAUGGGUCUUCUGGCUGAUUGCUAUCCUUGCCGGCUUCUUCAUUCCCGUGUCUUUUCUUUGCCAGCGCGAGACGUAUGCACCUGUCCUCCUAGAGCGGCGAGCACGUCGCCUUCGAAAGGAAACCGGCAACCCUGGCCUGCGCAGCGUGCUCGAAAAGCAGAGUACACUAAGUGAAAAGUUCCGGCUGGCAGCGGUGCGGCCCCUCAAGCUCUUGACGGCUACGCCAGUGGUGACGCUCAGCGCCUUGUACAUUGCCAUCUGCUACGGCAUCCUGUACCUGCUAAUCUCGACCUUCACGUACGUCUUCACCGGCGAAUACGGCUUUGACGAGGGUUCCAGCGGCCUGACCUUUCUUCCCGGCGGCAUUGGUAUGGUUAUUGGGGUGUUGGGCUUUGGACAAGUCACAGACUGGAUGGUGAAACAGGCAAAAGCGCGUGGGGUACAACAUCGGCCCGAGAAUCGUUUGAAUCCCGUCAUCACCAUUCCUUGCGGCUUGGUCAUGCCGAUUGGCUUGUUCGUCUACGGCUGGACUAUUGAUAAACACGUCCACUGGAUCGUCCCAAUGGCGGGUGUCCUCAUCAUGUGUACGGGUCUGAUGGGCAUCAUGACGAGCAUACAAAACUAUCUGAUCGACGCAUAUCCGCGAUACGCGGCAUCCGUUACGGCAGCACUUGCCAUCCUGAGAUCGCUUCUGGGAGCGUUGUUGCCGCUCGCCGGUCUGCGAAUGUACGACGCGCUGGGCAUUGGUUGGGGCAACAGCUUGCUGGCGUUCAUUGCGCUGGCACUUGUGCCCAUUCCGGUGGUUUUCUACACCUUUGGCUCUCGCAUCCGAGGAAAAUUCCAACUCGACCUAUAA